AUGACGCCGCACACCCUCACCCCUCCCACCACUAACUUAUGUUCCUCCUGUGGUCAUUGUGCGCUGUGUGCUGGACUACGCAUGCUGGUAGUGUUUGGUGUGAAUGGUCGAAUGAGGUCGACAUCGAGUUUAUUUAAUACUCGACCUCCACAACCCUACUUCCCGCACAGUGCCCACCCACCCCCCGCACACCCCGCCGCAGAGGCCUUACCACCCCGCACGCGUCACCCACAACGGCCAUCCCGCCACCCCACAACUCCACCCGCACCCCCUACAACCACAACCCGCGCUACCCCACAAACGCACCCCCGCUACGGACCCCACAACGCCGAACCCCGCACCCUCCACAACUCCACGCGCCACAUCCCUCACAACACCAGCCUCGCACACUCCACCACACCCCACCGGUCACCUACCGGUAUGGAGACGACCAAGCCGCAAAGACCUACAAUUACUUGCUACGACCAUCACCAGAGUCAACUGAAACCUCCACUUCCUUUCAACCUGUUAUCCUCCGUCUCCUGUCGGUUUCCGGUCAAGGGUUUCCACUUUCAUCUUUAA